CAAUGGGGGGUUUUUGACAGGUUAUUUUUGGCCAGUAUAUGGGGGUAAGGGAGUGCUUAUUUAGGCUAUUAUUAGGAGUGGUUUUGGCCUUAAGGGUGUAAAUUUAAUGGAAGGACAAUUGUGGGGUUCAAAGGGUGUGGUGGUGUGUUGGGUUGUGAGGAGUAUUGGGCUUCUCUAGGAUGUGCUGUGAUGCAAUGCAGCAAUACUGAGGUUGGAGCUGGGACAAUGAAUCCUCUGACAUUUUUGAGGGUCCUUGGUCCAGAACCGUGGAAUGUUGCGUAUGUGGAGCCUAGUAUUCGGCCGGAUGAUAGCCGUUAUGGUGAAAAUCCUAAUAGGCUUCAAAGGCACACUCAGUUUCAGGUUAUAUUGAAGCCUGAUCCUGGAAAUCCGCAAGACCUUUUUAUACGGAGUUUGUCAGCUCUAGGAAUAAAUGUUAAUGAGCACGACAUUCGCUUUGUUGAGGACAAUUGGGAGAGCCCGGUGCUUGGUGCCUGGGGGUUGGGUUGGGAAGUCUGGAUGGAUGGGAUGGAAAUUACUCAAUUCACCUACUUUCAGCAGGCUGGAAGUAUCCAAUUGAAGCCAGUAUCUAUUGAAAUUACUUAUGGCCUUGAGCGUAUUCUUAUGUCAAUUCAGGGAGUUGAUCAUUUCAAAGAUAUUCAGUACGCCGAUGGGAUAACAUAUGGAGAAGUUUUCCUGGAAAAUGAGAAGGAAAUGAGUGCAUACUAUCUGGAGCAUGCUACUGUGGAUCAUAUUCAAAAGCAUUUUGAUUUAUUUGAAUCAGAAGCUCUGCGCUUGCUUGAUUUAGGCCUUCCCAUACCUGCGUAUGAUCAGGUAUUAAAGACAUCCCAUGCUUUUAAUGUACUCGACUCUAGAGGUUUUGUUGGAGUUACAGAACGUGCUCGAUAUUUUGGCAGGAUGCGUAGUUUAGCUCGGUAUUGUGCACAACUUUGGUUAAAGACAAGGGAGAGUCUUGGCUACCCACUUGGUGUGAUAUCUUACCCAAAGCAUCUUAUUAUUCCAAGAGAACCCCUGAAGGAAGCAGGACAGGUGCCUAAUGAGACACGCUUCUUUGUUCUUGAGAUUGGGACAGAAGAGCUGCCCCCUAAUGAUUUAGUUGAUGCUUGCAAGCAACUCAAAGAUCUAGUCAUUCAGUUAUUGGAUAAACAUAGAUUGACUCAUGGCGAAGUGCAAACAUAUAGCACACCACGUAGACUUGUGGUUGGUGUCCAAAACAUGAAUUCUAAGCAAGAAGAGGCUGAGAUUGAGGUUCGGGGACCUCCUGUUUCCAGGGCAUUUGAUAACCAAGGAAAUCCGACAAAGGCUGCUGAAGGUUUUUGCCGUAGUAACAAUGUCCCCAUAGAGUCCAUGUACAAACGACGUGAAGGUAAAACAGAAUACAUCUAUGUUCGUGUAGUGGAGAAUGCUCGGCUUGCUCUAGAGGUUCUAUCUGAAGAGCUACCGGGAGCAAUAGCAAGGAUAUCAUUCCCAAAGAUGAUGCAUUGGAACUCUGAUGCUCUCUUUAGCAGGCCUGUUCGUUGGAUUUUGGCCCUUCAUGGAGGUGUUUUAGUUCCCCUUACAUUUGCUGGUGUUGUGAGUGGAAAUGUGUCUCACGUUCUGCGUAAUACUGCAUCAGCCACUGUAGAGGUUGUAGAUGCAGAAUCUUAUGUUGGUGUGAUGGAACAUGCCGGCAUUUUUGUUGAUGUUGAGCAACGCAAGAAUUUUAUAAUGGAGCAGUCUAAUGUUCUUGCAAGGAGUGUAAAUGGUUUUCCUAUUAUGCAGACUGAUUUACUUAAGGAGGUUGUAAAUCUUGUUGAGGCACCUGUGCCAGUACUUGGAAAAUUUAAGUUGUCCUUCCUAGAACUUCCAAAAGAACUACUGAUGAUGGUCAUGCAGAAACACCAGAAAUACUUUGCAGUGACUAACGAGAAUGGGGAUCUGUUGCCUUACUUCAUUGCAGUUGCAAAUGGUGCAAUUAAUGAAAUGGCAGUGAGGAAAGGAAAUGAAGCUGUACUCGGAGCUCGGUUUGAAGAUGCAAAGUUUUUCUACGAGUUGGAUACAAGUAAAAAGUUUUCUGAAUUCCGAACGCAACUAAAAGGGAUACUUUUCCAUGAAAAACUAGGAACAAUGCUAGAUAAGAUGAUGCGUGUUGAGCAAAUGGUUGGUGAAGUUAGCUUGUCUCUCGGUGUAAAUGAAGAAACUCUCAAAGUUAUCCAAGAUGCAGCAUCAUUGGCCAUGUCAGAUCUCGCUACAUCAGUUGUUACUGAGUUCACUUCCCUCUCAGGGACAAUGUCGCGUCACUAUGCUUUAAGAGAUGGCUAUCCAGAGCAGGUUGCAGAAGCGUUAUUUGAGAUCACACUUCCACGGUUUUCAGGAGAUGUAACCCCGAAAACUGUUCCUGGGACAGUAUUAGCAAUUGCUGACAGGUUGGACAGCCUUGUUGGCUUGUUUGCUGCUGGCUGUCAACAAAGCUCCACUAAUGAUCCCUUUGGCUUGCGCAGGAUUGCUUAUGGUCUUGUGCAACUUUUGGUUGAAACUGACAAAAAAGUGGAUUUAAGACAAUCUUUGCAACUUGCUGCUGCUGUUCAGCCUAUAAAAGUACAUGCGAGGACAGUUGAUGAUGUGCAUCAGUUUGUGACCCGAAGAUUAGAACAAUAUCUGAUGGAUAAAGGUAUAGGCCCUGAAAUAGUUAGAUCUGUUCUUGUGGAGCGUGCAAACUGGCCUCAUUUGGCAACCAAGUCUGCACAAAAAAUGCAACACUUGUCAAAAGGUGAACUUCUGGCCAAGGUUGUGGAAGUAUAUUCUCGUCCAACGAGAAUUGUGCGUGGCAAGGAUGUGAAUGCUGAUGGGGAGGUGGAGGAAACAUCUUUUGAAACAAAUGAAGAACAUCUUCUAUGGAACACUUUCUUGUCAUUAAGAAGCAUUAUUCAUCCUGAUAUGGAAGUGGAUCAAUUUUUUGAAGCGUCUCUCAAACUCGUAGAACCCCUUGACAUUUUCUUCAAUCACGUAUUUGUAAUGGUGGAAGACGAAAGAAUCAGAAACAAUAGGCUUGUCAUGCUCAAGAAGAUUGCAUGCCUACCACUCGGAAUUGUAGACCUGUCUGUCUUACCCGGAUUUUGAUUGCUUAAUAAACCCUGAAUGGGGCAUGAACGGACCAUGCUACAGUCACACCACGGAUGACACCGCCACAAACAAUGAUUGUCUCUGCAUUUCACAAGGUUCAAGUAGAGCAUUUUCCUACGUGAAUUGGGCACACCUUUUUCAUGGAGAAAAUUGUUCUCCUUAAAAGCUACGUGAAGCCAUUGGUAUUUACACAGUUUUGUGUGCAUGGGUUACAUCCCUUUGGUCUCUUUAACUUGUUCAUGGUUACUAUUUAAAAUAGAGGGUAGUAUAUUGGCUCAUUUAAAUUCUGUGUGGUCUGGUUGAGUUUGGCAAACCAACAAGAUAACGGUUAGUUCAGGUUCUGCUUUUGAACUGGUAUCGAAAUUAGAACUAGGAUUGCUAUGCUGAAGAACCGGAUCCGUAAUCAAAACUGGUUGGGGUGUAAAUGGAUGUUAAUUAGUUUUGAUGUGCCAUUACCAAAUCUGUAUAUAUUUAUUUUUAUCGGAUAUUGAUAGAUACAGAUACAAAUCUUGAUGGAGGCUAAAAAUAAAAAUUGUAUCCGCAU